AUGAGCAAGAGGAACAUCGUGGAUAGAGUUCGAGCUUUAACUGGUGCCAGCAGAUCAACCAUCGAACAGCUUAAAAAGGAAUUCGACAACGGACCAUUGGUUACCCCGGGGAAAAAACGACCAAAUCGGCAGGGACGAAAAACACGCAUGAAAGUCUACACUGACUUCCAAAAAACUGCCAUCAGAAGGAAGGUGCAUGAGCUGUACAGGAAAAAUAUUCCACCUACAUCAAAGACUGUCGCGCAAAUGAUAAAUGAAGAUCCAGACCUACCACAUGUGACUGAUCGAACCACAAGACGACUUCUCAACGACUUGGGCUUCAAGUUUGAAAGGCGACAAAGACAGUCUUAUCUUAUUGAGCGUGAAGACAUCGUGCAGUGGAGGAGGAAAUAUUUGAUAGAAGUUAAACGAUUUAGAGAGGAAGGGAAACAAAUAUUUUACCUGGAUGAGUCUUGGUGCAAUGCUGGCCACACUACAAAAAAGGCGUGGACACCUAAAUAUAUAAAAUCAGCAAGACAAGCGCACAUGAACGGCGAGACAACAGGGCUGCGAGACUUGCCGGGACGAGGGGGGCGCCUUAUAAUGGUUCAUAUUGGCAGUGAAGAUGGGUUUUUAAAAGAUCCGACCAACCCGUCAGGCGACAUUGACGCUCGAUGGGUUUUCAAAGCGAAAAAAACAGCCAAGAUAGAAAACGCAAAUCACCACGAUGAAAUGAACGGAAAAGCCUUUCAGGAUUGGUUCGAGGGCAUCAUUCACUUGCUGCCCCCCGACAGUGUCAUAGUAAUGGACAAUGCCUCCUAUCAUAGUGAAACUCUAUUUAAGAUACCAAACAUGAGUUGGAAAAAAAAGGAUAUCCAGAACUUUCUUACAAGCCAUGGGGUGUUUUUCAAUUUAAGUGAUGUCAAAGCAGAACUUUUAACUCGGAUUCCAGCUCACUUGCGCUUAGCUGCUAAAACCUAUAAAAUAGAUAAAAUAGCUGAAGAUUGUGGCCAUACAGUCCUGCGACUUCCACCUUACCACUGUGAGCUGAACCCUAUUGAACUGGUGUGGGCGAAGGUGAAGAAUGAAGUCGCAAGAACCAACACUGACUACAGCUUAAAAUCCGUCGAGACUUUGUUGGAUGACGCGUUAAACAAUGUGACCGCUAAUGAUUGGAAAUCAUUCGUCAACCACGUCAAGAAGGUAGAAGAGUUUAUGUGGGAGGUGGACGCCAUCAUCGACGACGUCCAAGACCGACUGGUAAUCAGCUUGGCGGACGGAGACGACUCAACAACUGACUUUGAAGAAAUCAGCUGCAGCGAGGACAGUGCAGAAUACUCGGAUGAUGAACUGGCCCGUCCUUUAUAA